GAAAAGUCAUGAGAUGGGAAACUUGGAUACAUGUUUAUACAUUUCCCAAAUGGUUAUAUAGAGAAUACAUAGGAUUAAAGGAGUUUAUUUGUCCUUCUCAGAAAGAAUGAGUCACUGGUCUCUGCCUGAUCGUAAAAGGUCCAAGUAUCUGUAACAGGACACCUAGUUCUGCCUGUAGUUUAGCUACGUUUGGGAUGCUAGUUGCAGUUUUAGGGGGAUGGGUUGACAGAGCUUUGAUAGAGUGAGUUUAUGGGUAAUUCCUUAAAUAUAAUGAAUAAUUUUGUGUGCCUGAUUGGUCCAGAUGCUACAUAAGUGAGUGAUUAAAACAUAAUAUAUAUAAAGCUUUAUUGCAGACACAUGUUCAUAUAGCACAUCAUACAGUAUAAUUUAAAAAGAAAAGUGUCAAUGAUAAUUUCAAUGAUACAUUUUAUUUCACAGCUCCAGUCAUCACUUGUAAACAUUGUACACAAUAACAGUCAAAAUGGAAAUGUGUUUCAGGUAUACUUGGUGUCCUUUGCCGUGCAGUGGAACCACCGCAUGGCAUCGCUCCGUGACGCUGGUGGUCAUGGCCGGCAGACGUCGUGCUUGGACGAGCGGCAGAUCCAGCGCAUCAACCAGCAGGCCGAGGUUCUCUUUGGCAAGGAGCACAUCCUGGAGCCCAACUUUGCUGCAACGAUGCCGGUCCCAGAAGAGUACAAGCACCCCGACGAGGAGGAGCUCCUUGGUGUCGAGUAUGCCAUGUGCCAGUCCACCAGCUUCACUGCCAGGGAGUACUACGUGCAAAAAGUUGAGGAAGAGCAGUCGCAUGAGGAGGAGGAGGAGGCUGAGCAGGGAGACGACGAGAUGGCGGACGAAGGUCUCGGCAUGUCUUCUGAUACAGAGGAGGACCCGAUAGACAGAGUCUGUGGGAAGCACGUCGUCCUCACCCAGGCAGAACAGGUGGAAGAGGAGGACAGUCCUGCCCUGCAAGACGCGCUGAUGAGCCAUCAACAUCUGCAUCUGCCAGGUAUAGAGGAAGUGGAGGCACUGGCCUUGCUCCUCCUAGAACUGGCCGACAACAGCGACCACCACCUAGUGCCGACUGACCUCAGGCAGAAGGUCGCCGCCACUGACAGCUCUCUCCACGAACACGACAAGACCGCCGCCCACUUCGGGUCAUGAGGCGGUCUCCCAUCCAAGUACCUACCAGGCCUGACUCUGCUUAGCUUCCGAGAUUGGGCGUGCUCAGAGUGGUAUGGCCAUAAGCGAAAUCUGAGUGGGCUAUCUGCUUUUUUUUUUUUUUUUUUUUUUUUACAUUUUAAAAACAAUCUGAAUCACAUUCAGGAAAUGUUAUAUUGAAAUUAAACCAUGUAUUUUCAAUAAAAGGGUUAUUCUGAACAAAAUUCUUGUUAAAUACUUCUUCUUUUGCUUACAUUUUAAAAUAAUCAAAUAAUACUUGAAGAAUAAAACACAUCCUUUGCUUAAAAAGUUUACAUACAGAAACAUUCUUCUUUUUUUCCUUUACU